AUGAGUGACAGUGCAGAGGACAGUGAAAUUCUGAGUCGUCAGAAGCGCUUUUUGUUAAUCUUCAACAAUGGAGGUCUGAUAAAGGCUGUCAUGGGAAUAUCCUGUCCAGUUAUGUUCAAUGACCGAACCAAGAGAACUCUCGGCAUGUCAUACAAUUUCCAAUCCCAAUAUCGAUUUAACCCAAAUUAUACAUCUCCGCUGGAACAUCCGAUUUUUACUGGACUCCAGCGGCGACUUAAGCGCCAAAAAUCACUCAAUAAAAUAGCAAUGUCCUCAGAAAAGGACGAUUCGAGGAAGUUACUCUAUUCUCUGCUUAAAUUGACAAUGGAAAGACGUGGAAUUGAUGGUGAACAGUGUCUGUUUCGGGCUAUUUGUGAAGUGGCUGAAAGCUCAUACAAGCACAAUGGCCUUUUUGGUGAAUUAAUAGAUCUCAUUUUCACACCGCAAGAGGACGAGCUGGGACCGGAGUUUACGGCAGCACGUACCAUCGGGCUUCGUGGUGGAAAUUGUCAAUCUUCAUUCAGUAAAUGUGCCCCCGGUGAUGGACUAUUGGACUCAAUAAGUAUGAUUAUGUAG